AUGCAUUUAAGGGGGUUGUCCUCCGAGUGUGAGACUGUUAUUCUACUGAGGCAGACCCAGUUGCGACAUACAUAUUUUGCCAAAUCUAUGCAGACAAAGUCAUUGUCCUCCGAGAUUCACCACCACAUCAUCUCCACUUCACCACCAUAUCACAACAUCAUCACCACAACACUACCAUAUCACCACCAUAUCGCCAUCACAUCACCACUUCACCACCACUACAUCACACCUUCACCACCAUAUCGCCACCACAUCACACCUUCACCAUCAUAUCACACCUUCACCAUCACAUCGCCACCACAUUACACCUUCACCACCAUAUCGCCACCACAUCACCACCACAUCACCACCAUAUCGCCACCACAUCACCACCACAUCAACACCACCAAAUCACCACUAUCACCACUACUUCACCACCAUAUCAUCACCACUUUACUAACACCUCACAACCACAUCACCAACACUUCACCACUACAUCACCACCAUAUCACCACCACAUCGUCACCUAAGGGACAGAAUUUUACAAAAUAA